CGAGACAAUUUAUCAUGUAUUUUACUGCACUACUUUACUGCACUAUAUAACAAGUGAUGCAAGCUGCGCUGUGCUUCUCGCCAUGUUUUGUUUCGAGGCCAUGACAGUGCUUGUACUCACGCACUCUUCAACGUCAUAACAAUCAAACACAUUUUUGCUGAAGUGUUUUGGUCGAGGGAGCUGAGGUGUUCUGGAUAGAACCUGUUAGGCUAACACCACUACCACUCACUCAUCAUCCAGUGUGUCAUCAGACUCUAGCUGCAUCUUUACAAGCAGCUUUGUCAUACAGGCUCAUCUGAUUGGCCAGGAACUCGCUCUCCUCAGCAAUGGUCUCUCUCCAUAGUCCUGGCUAUGUCACUGUGGCCCACAAUAGGACUUGACAAGGCUUCCACCAAAUACAGGCAAUAGUUUGACCAACUUCUUCCAUCCUUCAAAAGUGUCAGACUAAUUUCAAAAGCAUGUGGUUUGCUGAUUCAGCAAUAUUUUUGCAACACGGGAGAUUGGAAUUCUUUAUACAUAAGAGGGGGUGUCUUGUAGCUGUACAAAAGAAUGCAGAGCCAGAGAAAGAAUGGCUGCAAUGUUUUCUCUUAGAGAUGACGCUAACUUGAGGGAGUUUGUGCUGGAGAAUGUGGAGCACUUUGGACAGGAGAGAGUUCUAGGAACUGGCUCCUAUGGCUCUGUUCAAGAGGUGAUGAUCAAUGGUGAGGUGUAUGCAGCCAAGAAGAUCCACGAGGUUCUCCUGGAGACGGACGAGCGUGGUGGAGUGGCCAACAUAGCUGGGAACUACCACCGAGAGUGUCGACUCAUGGCUCACAUCCGUCACCCCAACAUCACCCAGUUCAUUGGGCUGUGUUUCGUGACUGGCUCUCGACUGCCCCUCCUGGUCAUGGAGAGGUUGGACUCAAGUCUGGACGAUCUCCUGGAGUCCACCCCCAACAUCCCCCUCUCUGUCUGCCAGUACAUUCUGGUCUGUGUGGCUCGAGGGCUGCUCCACCUGCAUCGUGAGUCCGUGAUCCAUCGUGACCUCACUGCCAGGAACGUCCUGCUGACGGUAUCUCUGAGAGCCAAGAUCACAGACUUUGGUAACUCUCGUAUCGUGAAUCUGGAGCCUGGUCGACUGGCCAGGACUCUGACGAGGUUUCCUGGGACACUGGUGUACAUGCCGCCCGAGGCCCUCUCUGACAGAGGCCACAGUGUGUACGGACCCAGUCUGGACGUCUUCUCUUUCGGAGUGCUGCAAUUGUUUGCACUCACACAAAGGAUCCCUAUAUUGGAUGCGUGCAUAGAGCAUUUAUGUCCGGGAGGAUCCUGCAUUGGAUGCCACACUGGCAUCAGAAAAGUUGGACCAGGAACGAGGCUAUACAUAUUAUUUAUGAGAUUCAGCGCCUGGGCAAAUUGUAUUGGCCUGGACAAUUAAAUGACACAUGUACACUUCAUACAUACGUACAUACAUGCAAUCAUGACACUCAGUAUUGACAUGCUCUUCCACUCCAGGUGUUUCCAGGAGAUCUCCUUGCCCCCACGUACAGCGACCCCAACAACCCAAACCACCUCCUGGCCCGCUCAGAGUUUGAGCGUCGAGGUCCCUACACGGCUCUCCUUGAGAAAAGUCUGGCGGGUGGAUGUGAGCACCC